UCGCUUGAAAGCUGCAAAUCUCCAAAUUUCCAGCGACACACGCACGUCGCUGCGGUUGGACGUCGCGGGCCACGCGGUAGACCGCGACAAACACUUGCCACCUUCUUUGUGUCGCCUUAUCCCUCGCCACGCCGUGCGCGUGGCGCGCCCGGAAGGCGAGAGACAUGGCGGCGAUGGCGGCGGCGGCGGUGCCGAGCGACAGACCACCGCUUCCGUGGCGCGCGCGGCUGCUCGUGGGCGCCGUCUCCGUUCUGCACUCGGCGUCGCUCCGCCGCGACGGCACCGUCAACCGCUUCCUCCUGUCGCUGUUCGACCGCGUCGUGCCGCCCAACCCGGCCCCCGACGCCGCCGGCGUGGCGUCCUCGGACCAUGCCGUGUCCGACGACCUCCGCGUCAGGAUGUUCUUUCCGGGGGCAGCUGCCAGGGAUGGCGGCGGCGAUCAUCUGCCGGUGGUGGUAUACUUCCACGGCGGCGGCUUCGUGUUCCACUCCGUGGCGUCCGCGCAGUUCGACGCGCUGUGCCGUCGCUUCGCCUCGGCCAUCCCGGCGGUCGUCGCGUCCGUCGACUUCCGCCUCGCGCCCGAGCACGGUUUCCCGGCGCCCUACGACGACGGCAAGGCGGCACUCCGCUGGGUCCUCGCCGGCGCCGGUGGCGCCCUCCCGUCACCGCCCGCCACCGUCUUCGUGGCGGGCGACAGCGCGGGCGGCAACGUCGCCCACCACGUCGUCGCCCGCACGCCGAGCAGCGUGUCCGGGCUCAUCGCGCUGCAGCCGUUCUUCGCCGGCGAGACGCCGACCGCCUCCGAGCAGCGGCUCCGCGACGCGCCGUUCGGGUCGCCGGAGCGGAUAUCCUGGCUGUGGCGCGCGUUCCUCCCACCCGGCGCCACGCGGGACCACGAGGCGGCCAACGUGCCCGCCGCGCUCCGGCGCGACGCCGAGCGGCGCCGCGCGUUCCCGCCGACCAUGGUCUGCGUCGGCGGGUGGGACGCGCACCAGGACAGGCAGCGCGACUACGCCGACGCCCUCCGCGCCGCGGGCGGCGCCGAGGAGGUCGUCGUCGCCGAGUUCCCCGACGCCAUCCACGCGUUCUACAUCUUCGACGACCUCGCCGACAGCAAGAGGCUGCUCACCGAAGUCACCGCCUUCGUCAACCGCCGCCGCGCCGCCGCCGCCGCCUCCUAGUGCUCCACAUUCUUGAACUUGCAGUAGCCGACAUUACAGUUUGCUUCACUGUAUCGCUAGCUCGUCUCCACUCACACAAUUUCUCAUUUGAUUUGAUUUGAUUUGAUUCAUACGAUGAAUUCAACGAGACGAGCUGUUCAUGAUCGAUUCUGUCCGUGAAACGAAGAUAACGAGUUGAGGAGGCCACGUGAAAGCAUUGAUUUUUA